GUAUUGUUCAAACAGGUACCUUUUAAUUGUUCAUAAAUAACGUUUAAAUUAGACCUGUCCUCGUAUCCUAUACCUGCAAUUGAUAUUCAGCAACAGCGACAGUUAAACAUGUCUGAACGUGACCGUGGCCGGGGAAGAGCGCGCGGACGUGCGGGAAGAGGAGGAGAUGGAGGUGGGCAACCACCGAGAAGACCAGGAGAGCAAUUAAGGCCUCCUCAACAACAACCAGCUCAACCAAGGCCCCGAUCACAACCACCAUCAGCUUGGGGUCCCCCAUCUCUUGCUCCUCCAGUUAGAGCGGGCAUGCCUGCGCCAUCUAUUGGCCGAGCAUCGCAUCGAAGUACUCCAACAACUCAUGAACACCCUGGAGAUGUUGAUAUUCAACAAAGGAUGCAAACAAUGGCUAUAUCUCAAUCCCAACCAUCUGGUAGUGGAGAGCCAAGUUCAGCAAUUGUUGGUCGUGGAUCACGUCGCGGUGGUGGGCGUAUCUUGCCUGAACAAAUGCAGAUUAUGCGCACUCGUCCUGAUAGAGUGACUUCGAAGAAAGGAAUUACUGGAACACCAUUGGAUUUGACGGCAAACUUUUUCACCGUUGAAACAACACCUAAUUGGUCUCUCUAUCAAUAUCAUGUGGAUUUCUCGCCAGAUGAAGAUAACACUGGAAUUCGUAAGGCACUGUUACGAGUUCACGCGAAAAAACUCGGAGGAUAUAUUUUUGAUGGUUCUGCUCUGUAUACUGUGUCAAGAUUGCAUCCAGAGCCGUUCGAAUUGUAUUCCGAUCGUACUUCAGAUGGUGCCCGUAUGAGAUUAUUAAUUAAGCUUACCUGCCAAGUCAGUCCUGGUGACUACCACUACAUUCAAAUAUUCAACAUCAUUAUAAGAACAUGCUUCAGCAUAAUGCAACUGCAGCUUAUGAACCGAGAUUUCUUUGACCCCGUUGCAAAGAUUGAUAUUCCCGAGUAUAAACUUCAAAUAUGGCCAGGCUAUAAAACUACUAUCAAUCAAUAUGAAGAUCGCCUUCUGAUGGUUACUGAAAUCACACACAAAGUUCUUCGCAUGGACACAGUUCUGCAAAUGAUUAAAGAAUAUUCAUCAAGCAAGGGUUCUAAUUAUAAAAAAAUAUUUUUGGAAGACAUUGUUGGUAAAAUUGUCAUGACGGAUUACAACAAAAGAACAUAUAGGGUCGAUGACGUAAUUUGGAAUGAGUCUCCAAAAUCUACUUUCAAAAUGAAAAAUGAAAAUGUCUCAUAUAUUGACUAUUACACCAAGAAAUACAAUAUAAGGAUCAAGGAUCUAGACCAGCCGCUACUAAUAUCCCGAUCCAAAGCUCGCGACAUCCGCGCCGGCAUGCCCGAGCUGGUGUAUCUGGUGCCGGAGCUGUGUCGGCAAACCGGCCUGUCGGACGAGAUGCGGAACAACUUCCAGCUAAUGCGUUCGCUCGCCGUGCACACGAAGAUCGGACCGGACGUUCGCAUUCAAAAAUUACUUAAUUUCAAUCGCCGUAUUACACAGAAUAAGCAAGUCGUAGAUGAACUCGCGAAAUGGAAUAUGAAAUUAUCAAAUUCGUUAGUGCGCUUCAAAGGUCGCCUGCUUCCUGCUGAAAUCAUUGUUCAAGGAAUCGGUGUUAAAUACCCAGCUGGCAAUACCAAUGAUGGCUGGACUAGAGAUAUGCGAUCUAGAAACCUGCUGUCCAUUGCGAAAAUACCUUCUUGGGUUGUCAUAACACCUGAGCGACAGCGUAGAGACACAGAAAAUUUUGUGGAAUUGAUUAUGAAGACUGGAAAUGGCGUAGGCUUCAGAAUGCCUAGACCAGAAAUAGUCACUAUUCAGCGUGAUGGUCAGAUGGAGUAUGCUGGGAUGUGCGAAAAUGUCAUCGCAAGAAAAAAUCCUGCAAUGAUAGUUUGUGUCCUGGCUCGAAAUUAUGCUGAUAGGUAUGAAGCUAUCAAGAAAAAAUGCACUGUGGAUCGUGCUGUACCCACUCAAGUGAUUUGCGCCCGAAAUAUGAGUAGCAAAUCCGCCAUGUCCAUAGCGACUAAAGUGGCUAUCCAAAUUAAUUGCAAGCUCGGAGGAGCUCCAUGGACCAUAGAAAUCCCGCUACCCAGUGUCAUGGUGGUGGGCUACGACGUGUGCCACGACACCCGCUCCAAGGAGAGGAGCUUCGGCGCCUUCGUGGCGACCCUGGACCGCCAGAUGACUCAAUACUACUCAAGCGUCAACGCGCACAUGUCGGGCGAGGAGCUCAGUGGGCACAUCGGCUUCAACAUCUUGUGCGCUGUGCGCAAGUUCCGCGAGAGGAAUGGAGCACUGCCUGAACGUAUCUUCUUUUACCGUGAUGGCGUAGGCGAUGGCCAAAUUCCGUAUGUCAAAAGCCAUGAAGUAGAGGAGGUCAAAAAGAAACUAGCUGAGGUUUAUAGUAACUCUGAUCUUAAGAUGGCGUUCAUUAUUGUGUCAAAAAGAAUUAAUACGAGAGUAUUCGUUGACUGCGGUCGAAACGGCGAGAACCCUCGUCCCGGCACCGUCAUAGAUGACGUGAUUACCUUGCCAGAGCGAUACGACUUCUUCUUAGUAUCCCAGAAUGUGCGUGAAGGUACUAUCUCUCCCACUUCCUACAACGUCAUUGAAGAUACCUCGAACCUUGAUCCAGACCGCAUCCAGCGCCUGACGUACAAGCUGACGCACAUGUACUUCAACUGCUCGACGCAGGUGCGCGUGCCAUCCGUGUGCCAGUACGCGCACAAGCUGGCCUUCCUGGCCGCCAACAGCCUGCAUAACCAGCCGCAUUACUCGCUCAACGAAACUCUCUACUUCCUUUAAAUUCUUUAAGUUUUACUAUAUUUUUUUAAUACGUUGGCUAAGUCGAACCACCUGAUUCCUAUUAUUAAGUUUUUUUAUUAUAAUUGUUAUAGAGCUCAUGUCGCAUUUAGUUUAGUUUAUAGUAUCAGUGUUCGGAUAUUAAAAGUUCUUCUAUAAUUAUUUUUGUUGAAAUUGACAAGUUCGUCCAUUUAAUCUAAUGAUUUAAUAUUUGUCAUUAGUUUUUUUUCAUGUGCAUUUAUAAACUACUUGUGCAUUUUUGGAUAAGAUAUAUUGGGAUACCAAUGAUUUGCACGGCAAAUAUAUAUAUUUUUUUACUAAUGGUAAGUGGUAGCAGGGUCCACACGCAAUGACGGUCAGUACAUUCUUGAAGAAAGAUCUGUACUAGUACUUUCCUUCGAUGCCUCUUCACGCCUCGUUUGAAGAAAUUCAAGUUGCAAGGAGGGGAACAAGUUUUCUGGUAAAGAAUUCCAUUUUUUUGAGGUGCGAUAAAGACAGGAGUUGCCAAAUGUCUUCUUGCGCGAUGGAACUGAUGUCACAGAUAAGCGGUGACAUCGAGAACCAGCACGCGUAGACUUGUGAAAUAAAGGUGGUAUUUUAUUAUAUAUAUAUAUAGAUGACGGCUGCUAAAAUAUAGAACACUGGGUAUUUUAUAAUUAGUCUUAUGUGUCAUAUUAAGUGUUUAGAUUAAGAUAAAUAUCAAAUUUACUAAAAAGAAAACACUUAAUUUACUGUUUAUAAUUCUCACACUUGUUUUUACAUCUGGCCUAAAUACAGUCAUUAUAUUUGUGAAAAAUGCACGACUCUAAAUACAACUAAUCAUAAUGUAAGGAAUAGUAUGGAAUAUCUCGUAAUGUUAAGAGAAUUGAACCUGGAUCAUUUGGUUUUUUUUUCUACCUCAUCUACAUAUUAACGUAUAAGUAUAAUUUAAUAAAGACCAGUAGAAAGAACGUGAUCUGUUUUUGAAUGUCAUUAUAAAAGUAUUAAGAGGCAUAAUCACUUGUCACAGUGAUUUUUCAUUAAGUAUAUUUGUUUUAGAAAUAUAUAAGAUUUUUUAACGUGAUUACUUUUGUUACUUUAUUUUGAAUAAACUCUGUUAUUUACGGA